AUGGAUAGCAGUAUCGAUCAGGAUGCUUUUGAUCAGGCUCAAGCAUUUAAACAAAGUGUUGCAGUUGGAGCUGUCAUUAUCACUAAAAUGGAUGGCCAUGCAAAGGGGGGUGGUGCACUUAGUGCUGUUGCAGCUACUAAGAAUCUUGUCAUAUUCAUUGGAACAGGAGAACACAUGGAUGAAUUUGAAGUUUUUGAUGUUAAGCCGUUUGCCAGUCGCCUAUUAGGUAUGUACAUUUUGGUAUAUGAACUGAGGUUUGUUUCUGGUUACUUACUCUUGUGCUUCAUUAGAUUCAGACUCGUCAUUGUGUAA